AUGGGAAGCUACACGUUCCAAUGGCCACACCCGGCGAACGAGGUAUUUGUCACAGGCAGCUUUGAUGAUUGGGGUAAAACGGUGAAGUUGGAUCGCAAUGGUGAUGUCUUUACCAAGGAGGUUCAACUUCCAUCUGCAGACGAGAAAGUGCAUUACAAGUUCGUCGUCGACGGCAUUUGGACGACGGAUAGCACUGCUGCUGAAGAGGACGACGGAAGCGGGAAUAUCAAUAACGUUCUCUACCCCGGUCAACUCAAACAAGCAUCAAAUUCUCCACAAACCAACGGUACCACAAUGGCGACUGUUACUCCAGAAGUGACCGAAGCGGCAAUAGCGGCCGGUAUUCACAAGGAUACUGAGAAGAGGGCCAAUGAGGUAACCAUCUCAUCCGCCGCCCCUGAAUCGACAACUGCAGAGCUUGCCAAGGCUGUUCCCCUUGAACAGCGAUCCAACGUGCCCGGUACUUUCCCAGAGACUCCUGGACAAGAAGCAGAAACAUUUUCCGUCAACCCUAUCCCGGCUUCGGGUACCAGCGGCAAUCCAAUCAGUCUGAAACCUGGUGAGAAGGUACCCGACCCCAGCACUUACACUAGGAACACCGUCCAGUCUACUGCUCGGACAGAUCCUGCCGGCUACGCUCAGGAUCCCAGUGGUGCUACUGUUCUCAAGGGCCUGUCAGCGGGCCAGUCGACGGGAGCCAAUGACCUCGCAAUGCCUCCUGUUUCCGGCAACAUGAUUCCCGAAUCUAGCCUUUCCAUGGGUGAGCCCAGUCAGGGAUUCAGUGAUCCUGGUGUUACCAUCCAGUCUGCAGCACCCACCUCCACAACCGCCGCUCUUGCUGCUUCUGUCCCACUCGAGUCUCAGAGGCCCCACGGGACUGCUGAGGACGUAGCUGAUGAGGUUCCGAAAGUCGUGAGGGAAUCGAUCGCCGAGUCCCACAGAGACCCCGAGGCCGCUGCAAACAAGGAGGCUGUCGAAGAAAAAAAGGAAAUGGAGAAUGAACUCCAAAAACGAGUCACCAAGGAAGAGUCUAGUGGUACACCUGCUCCGAGCACCACUGCUGGCAUUGGUUCAACUCAAACGAGCGGCGGAGCACCCGCCGAUGAAGUGCCUGAACCAGUGAAGCACUCCAUUGCCGAAGCUCACAAGGACCCCGAGGCCGCUGCUAAUCCAGAGGCCGUCGAGGAGAAGAAGGAGAUGGAGGAUGAGCUGCAGAAGACAGUCCCCAAGGAAGAACAUGCCGGCGCGCCUGCUCCCACUGCCACUGCCGCCACCACUGAGACCGCUCCUCGAGCCACAGGCGUCGAGCCUGAAUCGCAGCCAAUGUCUCCCGGUGCCGACACCCCUCAAGGUCCUACUGUUACCACCGGUGUUGCUUCAGCGAAGGCCCCGGAAGUUUCUGGUCCUGGAGCUGCUCCUGGGGCUGGUGCCAGAACCGGUCAAAGUGAGGGCUCCACAACAGUCAUGCCUAGCUCAAUUCCCGAUAAAGCUGCCGCUCCUUCUGAGCGCCAGACCGAAGGAACCUCGGCCCCUUCACAACCUACGACGGCUCCCGCCACCACCGCUCCUCAGGCGCAGACAGCAGGCGCCACUAACGGUCCGUCCAAGCCAACAGGCCAACGCAACGGCCUGAGGAAUGGGAUGAAGGAGGAGAAGAAGAAAAAGAAGAGCUUCUGGUCCCGGCUCAAGGAGAAGCUCAAGUAG